CUCUCUCUCUCUCUCUCUCUCUCUCUCUGCGUGUUUGUGUGCUAGCUAGCGCUAAGCAUUUCUUGAGUGUUUUCCGGGUUGUCUUGGGUGCGUACUUAAGUGCAGAGCUGAAUUAUAAGUUUAUUUGCAUCCAUCGGCGAAAAACCAAGUAUGGGAGAGGUCCUGUCUGAAGAACAGAUUGCAGAGUUUCAAGAAGCUUUUUGUCUCUUUGACAAGGAUGGAGAUGGCAGCAUCACCAUCGAAGAAUUAGCCAAUGCAAUCAGAUCAUUGGAUCAAAAUCCUACUCAGGAGGAAUUGCAGACCAUGAUCAACGAAGUGGACGUUGAUGGAAACGGAACCAUUGAAUUUGGGGAGUUCUUGAAUCUAAUGGCAAGGAAAAUGAAGGAAAAUGAAGCUGAGGGGGAAUUAAAAGAAGCUUUUAAAGUGUUUGACCAGGACCAAGAUGGUUACAUAUCACCAAAUGAGUUAAGGCAUGUAAUGAUAAAUCUUGAAGAGAGGCUGACAGAUGAAGAGGUGGAUCAAAUGAUCAGAGAUGCUGAUUUGGACGGCGAUGGUUUAAUCAAUUUCGAGGAAUUCGUGAGAAUGAUGUUAGCUAGCUAAUUAAAUCUCUAUAUAUUUGUGAUAGUAUGACCCAGAAUUAUGUACUGAUCUGUCUACCAGAAUGAAAUAUGAAGGUACUGUAAUGAUUUUAAAUAAGCAAAAACGAGGAUCAGGCGCCGCUGCGUUUUGGGUUUUA